AUGGCUCCUGCUCUUCUCUCGCCACCGCUGAUCACCACCUCCCCCUCGACGCUCCGCACCGUCUCGCCGACGCCGUCUUCCCGCUGGUGCCGCCGCGCCCGGCCGUUGGCCUCCUCUGGGUCUGGGUUCACGAGAGACCGGCGCCGGAGCGGGAGUAUUCGGGGACGGAGGGGCCUCAGGAUCUAUGCCUAUACGGCGGAAGCUGAACAAGGGAGAUCGGAGGAGGACGCGGCCGACGACUUCUACUCUGUUCUUGGCGUCAUGCCAGAUGCAACCACGGAGGAAAUCAAGAAAGCCUACUACAGUUGCAUGAAGACGUGCCACCCUGACCUUAGUGGAGACGACCCUGAUGUGACGAACGUCUGCAUGUUCGUCAACGAGGUUUACACGGUUCUGACCGAUCCGGUGCAGCGUGCCGUGUAUGAUGAGCUCCAUGGCUACGCAGCGACGGCCGCCAACCCUUUCUUUGAUGACAGUGCGCCCAAGGAUCAGGUCUUUGUUGACGAGUUUACCUGUAUAGGAUGCAAGAUCUGUGCCAAUGUCUGCCCCAAUGUGUUCGAAAUUGAGGAGGACUUUGGGAGGUCAAGAGUCUGCUCCCAGACAUGUAGCCCGGACCUAAUUCAGGAUGCCAUUGAUAGUUGCCCAGUUGACUGCAUUCACUGGACUUCUGCUGCACAACUUUCACUCCUUGAAAAUGAAAUGCGAAGAAUAGAAAGGGUAAAUGUUGGGCUGAUGAAUGCUGGGAUGGGUGUUUCUGUCAAUGUAUUUAGAAUGGCAAGCACACGUUGGGAAAAGAGACAAGCAAAAGUGUUGGAAAGAAUCCGAACACGGAUGAUCAACCAGAAGAAUUCAGACCCGAAUAGCUCUUGGAGUGAUAUCUGGGGGUCCACAACGCGAUACCAAACCAAUGAUGAAGAAGCAGUAGAGAGAGCGAACAGAGCGGCAAGAGCAGCUACGCGAUGGAGAGAAUACUCAAGAAAAGGCACCGACAAGUCUCCGAGAUACAAACUUCCAGAGGCAGUGGGCAAAGAUGAGUAAUAACAGAACAGAGGAAUAUUUAUCCUGGUUCCUGUAUAUAGAUGGAUCCCAUUUCGUUACCUUUGUAGACUGACGGUGUGUAGUGAUAGUUGAUAUGUAGUUUGCUAUCUCUACCUGAUUGGUCCCCUCAAAGAUCCUCAUUUUUCAUCUGUACAUGGUGGUCAGGAUGUUAAUGACUAUAGUGUACAGAAACAGAGCUGUAAGCAUUCAAAAUGUGAAGAAAGCAGCAUAUACUUUGCAUUCGUCAUUGGCAA